AUGAAAUCUUUUGUCACGGCCGUUGCGGCUGCCUCCCUCGUCGGGAUGGGCAUGGCCCAGACGAGCCCACGACCCAAGCUGCCCGAACAGCUUGGAAACAUCGAGCGCAUUCCAACCGAGCAACAGCUCCAAGGUAUCGACCCCAAGGAUGGCCUUGAUGCCUGCCACAAGAUCGACUCCAUCACCUCGGAUGGCUGGCAGUGGCCGUGUGGUAUGCAGCGCAGUUUCGGGCCGCAGCGCUGCGUCCUGAAGGGAGAGACCGACGCUGCCAGAAAGGACCAGCAGAGAUGCAUCUGCGAGUCGAGCACCUUCUUCAAAGAUGCCGAUGCCUGCUUAGACUGCAAGGUGCGCCAUGCCUUGAUCGGAGAUGAGCAAGACGAAUACUACCAACAGCUCUUCGCCAAGCUCCAGGAGACGUACUGCAAAGCCGAGGUGGUGGACAAGAACCUUGGGGAUUACUACAACGAGGCCGAGGCCCUCGUCCGACAGGCCGCCCCGUACAACGGAAAAACGCCAGGUUUCACGGUUCCCUCCAACAAGGUCGAACGUCAGGGACACUCGGCUCAUCCCAGAGACUACUACAGCCGAGUUGGCGCGCCCGAGAAGCAGGGCGAGAUCAACUUCAAGCCCAGCCCCGAGGUCGAGAAGCUGCCUGCCGUCAACGAGACCGUUGUCAACCAAAUCCCCGAUCCCGUCAACGUCCCCGUCAUGGUCAUCGUCGCUCUGGACAACAGCACCGCAGCGCAGACGUCCGUCGUGGCCGCAACCACGACUGCUGGCAAGCCAUUGCAGCCCACUACCUUGGUCCGCGUCACCAGCAUGAACUCUACCACGCGAGCCACGCCAUCUGCCGCUGUCCCUUCGUCCAUCUCUACUGAUGUCCCUUCGUCCAUCCCCGCCGAUGUCCAGGGCCAACUCGUCCAGAUUGAUGGCAAGCUCUGCCUGGUCUACGUCUACUUUGCCGCAGUCGAUUGUGUGUACAAGCAGAGCCCCGACGGCAAGACUACCUUUUAUCAGUACAGAAAGGAAAUCAACUGGUUCUAUGGCUUCCAGAUCUCGUCAAACAAGCAGUUUGAUCUGCUCAAGGAGGUCGCCGACGCCUGCCCUGACGGAAACUGCAAGGAGCAAGCCACUGCCAUUGCCAAGUCUAAGAAGGUUGCUGUCAAGGAAGUCGUCAAGAAGGAGACUGUAGUCCCCGGCAAGCCUCAGCAGCUCCCGCCUCCUGAGAAGCCCACUACUGGUGGUAACUCUGGUGAUUCUGGCCACGACGCUCCCGUCUCCGGCAAUGGCGCUCCUGUCCAGCAGGACGACGGUGGCUGCGGCCCCGAAGAUUCCAACGACACCCCUGAUAAUACUCCUGCUCAGGGACGUCCUGGUUCUCCCGCCCAGGGCAACACCAAGCCUUCUGGUCCUGUCACUCCCCAGCAGGAUACUCCCUCUGGUCCUGCUGGCUCUUGCAAUGGACCCCAGUGCAGUCCUGUCGUUCCUCAGAAGGACACUCCCUCUGAUUCUGGCUCUCCCCAGAAGGACACUACCCCUGGUUCUUCCGGUGCCCCCCAGAAGGAGACCACUGGUUCUGUCAGCUCUUGCAAUGGACCCCAGUGUAGCCCCGUCGUUCCCCAGAAGGAUACUCCCUCUGUUUCUGGUUCCCCCCAGCAGAAUACUCCCUCUGGUCCUUCUGGCUCUCCCCAGAACGGCACUCCCCAGAAGGAGACUCCCUCUGGUCCUACCGGCUCUUCUGGCCCUCAGUCCCAGUGCGCCCCUUGCGCUGAUGAACGUAAAGAUGGAACUGAAAUCUGCAGAAAGAAGGAGGAAACCGAGGGCUUUUGCAACAAACAGACUGGAACUGCCAAGCGCGACUGCAUCUGUUCAAAGGGAAGUUUCGGAAACAAGUUCUUCUUCAAUGAGGCCAUUACCUGCGCACGACGAUCCGCCAACUGCCUGUUUGGCGAAUUCGAGGCGCAGGCCUUAUUCGAAGCCCAUUUCCAGUACUGCCAGGAGAACAAGCACGAUAGCAUCAGUGCUGCUCUGGAAAGCGUGAAGAACGUGUGGUCUGCAAGGGCCCCACGACAGGAUCUCAUGUAA